AUGAAUGACAUUUAGGAUUAAUAAACAGAUCCCACCGCAUAAGUUAAUCAGUUAAUUUAAGGAAUAAAUGAUAAUCCAUAUGAGUUUGGGCUCUAUCAAUAGUUGAUUGAUGUUUAUAGAGAAAACCAAAUGUAUUAAGAAGCUAAAGAAGUGAGGUAAAGAGUCCAGCUUUUAUAUUGUUUACCAGUAGAGAUGUGGCUCGAAUGGAUUGAAGAUGAAAAAAGCUUAAUGACUCCAGAAGACUCUCCAACUAUUUUGCUGCCAUUUUAUGAGCUUGCUCUCAAGGAUUACAGAUAUUAUAAAUUGAGCAGAAGAGAGGGAUAUGAGAAAGUAUUAACUAUCUAUAGCUUAGAUGUUAAUAGAAGUACCAAAUUUUGGGAGCCCUACCUAGAUUUUGAAAGCUAAUAAUUAGAACUAAUGAAACAAAAAGGCGAAAGCUAAGAUGAAUUGAAUAAAUAAAUUGGCAGAAUAAGAAGUAUAUAUCGAAGGAGAGCUAUUCUACCCACUAUGGAUAUGCUAGUAAUAUGGGAUGAAUAUGUGAAAUGGGAAACUGAUUAAGAAGAACUCUAAAAAGUCUAAUAGAAAUAUCUGGAGGCUUAGAACCGUAUAGAUAUUGUUACUAACUUUGAAGAGAGAUUCUAAAAUGCAUAUGCUGAUCUGGAGGAUAAAAAUGACAUUGAAUAGAUGCUAGAUUUAUUGAGUAAAGAUUUAGAUUUGUUAGCAUAGGAUAACUUUAACUAUAUUAUGCUGUACUUUGAACGAAUUUUAAGUGAAUAUACCUUGAAUCAAGAUCUAUGGGAACUCUACAUUUAAUAUACUGAUGAAAAAUGCAAGAAAAAGGAGCUUAAGUAAGAAAUAUAUGAGAACUCUUUGAAAAAUUGUCCAUAAAGCAAAGAAUUUUGGCUUGGAUACUUGAGAGAACUAGAGAAAAAUGAAGUUGAUUCUGAUACGAUAGUAAAUAGUGUGAAUCAAGCACUAUCUAGUACUUAGUUUGAGAUGACUAUUGAUUUUUCAUAUGAUUUGCUGAAGCAUUUAUGUGAAUAUUAAGUCAGGAGUUUUCUGACUCCUCCAGGUGUUAUUCCUGAUCAAAGUAAUGAAAUAGUUAAGUUAAAAGUAGAUUCUAUCCGAGCUAUGUAUAAGGACUCAAUUGAAAACUUGACUGAACAGUUUUAAGGUGAUCCAUUAUUGAUUACUUAUAUUGAGAAAUUAAUAUUAAGUCAUGCUGAGGUUGAAGCUUACAAAAUUUAGGAUAAAAAAUAAGUGCAGGAGUUAAUGGAGGACUAUGUGAAAUAAAAUGGAUAUUAAAUGAUGUCGUGGGCAAACUACAUCAAACUUAUGAGAGUGUUUCCAGAUCAUGAAAAGACAGUAAGAGGUUUAUUCAAAAGAGGCCUGCAAAUUGCUAGAGAUAACAAAGUAUUAUUGGCUGAGUUAUGGAUUGAAUGGGAGAAAAAGUUUUCAACUAUAUAAAACAUAGAUUAAUGCAUUAAGCAUCUCAAAAAAUUGAAUCUUUACUCACAAAUAGGAAAAAAUAUAAGGCCUAGCUAGGCUUAAUAUCAAUAAUAAGUACCAGAAUAAAACCAGAAAUAAAAGAAAAAUGACAAAAAGGGUUAAAAUCAGAGAUAAGAUCUAGAAUAUUUAGAAAAAGAAGUAAGGUAUGAUGCCCAAGCAGAUUAACCACAAAAGAAACGCCAGUAAAAAGAAGAUUUUAAAAAUGAUUAAAAGUAUGAGAGGCAAGAAAGAUAAAACAAUGAUAAAAAUAGAGAAUAGCAGCAGUAGAUUGAAAAAGAUGAAGCCAAAUAAAACUAGAAAAAGAAAAAGAAGACAUUAUAUUUAAAUAACCUUAGUGAAGAGACAGAAGAAGAGGACAUAAUGAGUAUGUUUGCAAAGAUAGUACCAGAUGUUUAGCUGCUUGAUGUAAGACUGAUCAGGGAUGAAAACAAUAAGAAAAAGGGAUUUGCUUUUGUAGAUGUUGAAAGCUCUGAGAUGGCUGAAAAAUCUCUAAAACUGCAUAAUUAUCAUCUUAAAGGUAAAGCUCUAAAGAUUCAUAUAUAUAAGCCUCCUUCUGAAGGAGAAAAAGAUGCAUUAACUGUCUAUGUAACAAACCUUCCAUACACAUGCAAUGAGGAAAAACUCAGAGAUCAUUUCAAAGAUGUUGGAGUUGUUGAUGAGGUUAGAUUACUUAGAGAUAAAGAUGGAAAAUUAAGAGGAUAUGGCUAUAUCUAAUUCUAAGAUAAGAAAUAAGUAGAUUUAGCAGUGAAUACCCUAAACAAAUCUAAAAUUGAUGGAAGAACAAUGGUUGUGUAAUACAGUAAAUCUAACAAAGAAGUGAGAGAUCACAUAGGUUAUACAGUUCUCAUAAAGAACUUAAGUUAUCAUGUUAAUGAAGAAGAGCUAAAAGAUUAUUGUGAAUAAAACUUUGGAGAAAUUAAGAAACUUACAUUGGCGAAGGAUGAUCGUGGUAAAUCUAAGGGUCUAGCCUUUGUAGAAUUUGUAGAUGAGUAAACUAUGAACAAAGCUAUUCAGUAAAAAGAUUUACCUUUAAGAAACAGAACUGGUUUAAUCAUGAAGUCAGUAAGAUAAAUUACUGAGCCUAAGGUAGAAGUCAGGUAAUAGCAUUCAGAAGGCAAAGGGGAUAAAAAGAGAGAUGCUAAACGUGAGAGAAAGACAUUAAUUUCAUCAAUAAUUGAUGAAAUAAAGAAUGAGUAGAAGGAUGAAGUCAAAGAACAAAGUAAGGCUGUUUAAAGUCAGGAUAAAUCAUUUGAUAUACCUGACAUAAAAAUUAAAGAGGGAAUAUAAACUUCCUUAAUAAAAGAUAAUCCUCAACAAGAAAAUACUAUAGCUGAGGAGUAAUAGACAUAAACGAAGAAAAUGAGUAAUAAUGACUUUAAGAAAUUUUUGCUUUCUGGCGGAGGCAAGAAAUGA